AUGAAGCUGCCUUAUACUGAAUCAGAUCCUUGGUCCAUCACGGUGCUUGCUGCCCUUCAGGAGGUGAUCAUAGGCCUGAAUGACAGUAAUGAGAUUCUCCUGCUACUCCCAGAGCUGUGCUACUUUCUCCUGUGCCAACUCAGCAGAGACCCAGAUGCAGAGAUGCUGAUUUCAGCUCCUCUUCUGGAAAGAAACGAGGACAUUGCGACACCCCACAGGCUGGCUGUUGGAGUGUUGCAGGCGGUAUUCAACAAAGCCUUGCCAGAAGCUGCAAGGGAACUGGAUGCAGGAGAUGCCUGGUACUUCCUGGCAGAGCCCUGCAGCUUCCUCAAAGGUGUUGCCCAGUUGGCCAGGGCCUUGGGGUGCUCAGGGCACUCUCUCCUCGAUGGGCUUCUCCGCCUCCUCCUGCCAUCUCUGGGCUCUUCCAGCACAACCAGCAGGGACCUCAGCCUGGUCUUCUGUGCAGAGUUAACAGGCCACCCUUCGCUGCACAAACCGCAGAUGCUCCAUCUCCUCCUGCAACAAUUGCUGAGCAAGUCUCGUGAUGGGAACGCCACCGUGCGCCUCUUGGCAGUACGAGGACUGGGGACCGUGGCAAAGUGUGCUCCAGAAGAGGCCAAGAAGCAGCAGAAGGCUCUGCUGGCCACCCUGCUGGAGGCCUCAGGGGAAGCAACCAGCCUCGAAGUGGCCUGGGAAGGCCUGCAUGCAUUGAUCAAGGCGUUGGGCUGCUUUGGGGGAAGCCAUCUGGGUCGCACUCUUCAGGCUGUGGCCCGCCGGGCCUCUGCACACCUCCAACAGGCAGAUGAUGCCCUGCGGGCUGCAGCCUUUGAGCUGUUUGGCCACCUGGCUGAGAUAGCUCAAGAAAAGCACAUCAGGGGCUUUGCCAAGGAGGUGAGAGAUGUUUCCACUGCCCUCUUGUUGCACUUCCAGGAUCCAAGCCCUGCUGUGGGCAAGGCCUGCUGCACAGCCUUCAUCUUCUGUGCCCCUUUCCUGAGCCUCCGAGAGCUCACUUUGGACAUGGAUCCUGCAGCGUUGAUGGAUGUGUCUGGGACACAGCACUCUCAACUGAUGGGCAGGGUUUGCCAGCAGCUGGCCCAGACAGACCAGGCACUUCUGGAAGUUCUGACUGCAGAGGUGCCCAAGUAUAUGCAGUGUCCCUGGGAAGAAAUCCAGAUCGCAGCAUGCAAACUGGCAGGAAUCCUGCCACAGAACAUGGACAUGUGGCAGCUCAGGCGGCUGGAUCUGAGGCCACUCUUGCAACGUGAGUGGUGCACCUAAAGCCCUCUGA